AUGCCUCCUCCACCUCAAACUACUGCUGGGGGAUCGACAUUCGAUAAGAUGAAGAUGGGAGCAAUCAUGGGAAGUUGCGUUGGUCUAACGAUCGGAUUCAUAUUCGGUUCAUUCUCUGUCCUAAGAGCCGGUCCAGGUCCUAGAGGAUUAGUAGCCACCUUGUCUCAAUAUAUGUUAUCCUCAGCAGCUACAUUCGGGUUCUUCAUGUCUAUCGGAUCGGUGAUCCGAACGGAAUCUCAAUAUGCCUAUGCCCUCCCUCCCAACUCGACAAACGGAAAGAUAUCACAUCCUUUGAUGAUGGCUUGGAAGAAGUCUGAAGAGAGACGUAAAAUGGAGAAGUUGUAA